AUGGAGCACGUUCGCAAAGUGAAUAGAUGGACUCAAGAUGAGGACGCAAUCCUCAUCAAACGGCUAUAUGAGCAAGAAGCCUGUAUUCGCCCCUCUCCUGUCCCGACUCUACCUCCUGAUCCCAACGGUAUGGCUAAUAUGUACAAAGGCGACCCUACUGGAACUGCGGCUGACUGGCAAAAGGUUGCCGCUGCUCUCCCUGGACGAUCGAAUAAAGAUUGCAGAAAACGAUGGUUUAAUGUUCUCAGUGGAGGGCUACGGAAGGGGGCAUGGACUUCUGAGGAGGACGCAUACCUAAGGGACGCAGUACGAAUCGAGGGCAAAUCAUGGAUGCGUGUUGCGCAGCAUGUUCCCCAACGCACUGCAGAUCAAUGCGCAAAACGAUGGCAGCAUUUUUUGGACCCUACCCUGGAUCGCUCAGAAUGGACUGCCGACGAAAACGAACGUCUGCUUCGUGCCGUACAGCAACACGGACGACGGUGGUUGGAUAUUCGGAAUCAAUAUUUGCCUUUACGAUCUCCAAACGCCUUAAAGAAUCAGUAUUCUAUUCUUUUACGUCGCCAUGAAAAGAGCCUUGCGUCCAUCGCAAAGAAGAAUCAGAGCGCAAUGGAGAUGCCACAAAACAGCUACCAUUACCAGUCAUCAAGCGAAGGGCAUGUGGCGCCCGCAAUAGCCCCACAAACUCCUAAUAACCGUUCAAGCGCAGGGAAUACCCGAAAGCACCGAUGCGAGGCCGACGGAUACAUUAAACAAGAGUUGGACGAGGAUAUCAUGGGCUCCCCAAUCUAUGGGGACGUUCAUUACCAGGCAAAAAUGUCUCCAGCCAUGGAUUAUAGUUUCAUAGGCAAAGGAACCCCAACGCCUGAUCCAAUGACAGGUAGAUACGCUGUGUUUCCUAAACAAGAAGACGUUGCAGUGGCUGAAUAUAACGCUGUGUGCUUUGGUUCUAGCAUUGGAACACAGUACGGCGUGAACCCUGCCCAGUUCUCGCACAUGGACGCUGGCAUCUCAAACGGUACCGCCGAUAAAGACAUUUGGAUGGCAUACCCUACAUCACCAAGCUCGACAGCACCCAGUGAUGGCGAGUUAGGCGGCUUUCAACCACAUGGAAAUGAAUGGGCCUAUGGAAUGGCAGGGAUGACACUGCAGAACCCACCUACGCCAACAGUGUACGCAUACGGCGGAUAUCAAUGA